AAGCAUGAAGCCAAAAGUAGGGCAUCAUAAGAAAACUGCCAAGCCAAGAAAACCAUUAGCAAGCAUGAAGCCAAAAGUAGGGCAUCAUAAGAAAACUGACAAGCCAAGAAAAUCAUCAGCAAGCAUGAAGCCAAAAGAAGGGCAUCAAAAGAAAACUGCCAAGCCAAUAAAAUCAACAGCAAACAUUAAAACAAAAGUAGGGCAUAGUAAGAAAACUGCCAAGCCAAGAAAAUCAUCAGCAAACUUAAAGAUAGUGCAGCGUAAGAUCACAGUCAAGCCAAGAAAAUUAUCAGCAAGCAUUAAGACAAAAGUAGGACACGAUAAGAAAAUUGCCAAGCCAAGAAAAUCAUCACCAGCAAAUAAGAAAGAAUCAAACAUAAAAGCAAAAGGUUUGCACAAACAGAAAAAAGUUGAACCAAAAAACCCAUCUUCACCAAACAUUAAGGCAAAGUCUGCACAUGAUAAGAAAACUGUCAAGCCAAAUAAAAAGCAGAAAACAAAAUUGGCACAAGGUACAGCCUACAAACAAGCUGAGGUCACAACUACAAUGAUGCCAACACUACCUUUUGAGGAUUAUGAUAGUCUAGAAUAUAAUUCCAAAUUGCAUGUUAAUGAUUUAUUGCAUCGACUUCAAACCUACCUUCACACAAUUAAAGAAAACCCACAUAGCAUAUUAAGCAAAACAAUUGAAAGCUUUAUUGACAUAUUCAAAAAAACUCAUACAAAACAUGUGUUAAAAACUCUGAAGUCCUGCAUCAUAGAUAUGUCAAAUUCCAUAAUAUUGACCCCAAUGCACAAGGACAAUGUGGUCAAAGCUGUCUUAGAUGAGUUACGCAUGACUUAUGAUGUACUGAAAGCAAAAUCUCAGAAAUGGGAAGAAACAGUCAUAAAUUCAGAUCAUUUAGGCCUCCAUAUCCGUACCAAAAAAUACAAAAGACAUCAAUCCAUAAAAAAAGAUUUAACAAAACCAUCAAAUGCACAAGAAAAUAAAAACCCGAAAAACCAACAAAAAGAAUCCCUAGUAGCUCAAAAGAUAAAGAAAAAACACAUUACAUAUAUUUACAAAAAAUACAGACAGAAUAAAGAAAACAAAGGGAGUCGCAAUAGACGCGAUGUGGUACCUAUAAUAGCUGUGACACCAACAAUAUCUGAACAACAAAGAGAAGAGAGAUGUGACCUUCAGGAAUAUCUUGGUAUUUACACCCUCAAACCAUUAGACAGUGAUAAGGGACAUGGGGUUAAACGAACAAAGCACAGGAGAGCAAUUAAGAAGAAGGUUAUCAAAAAGGAAUCAAAGAGGAAGCAAGUGCUUAUAAAGAAACCACGUAUGAAGCAAAUAAUUUUGGGGAUGACACAUAUAGAAUAUACUGGAAUAAGAAGGGGAUCUGUUCCUGGUGAUCCAUUUUCUUGGUGGGGGAGAAACAAUCACCAGAGAUCUUACAAGAGCAUCCAUUGUGACAGGACACAUCUUCAAUUCAAGCUCGUCCUGACCCGCCGCACUCACCAUAAUCCUUACAGACUCGUAAUGUGUUUCACGAUGGAGCAUUCUAAAAAUGGAAUAAUACAUGCGGUGGCAGUAAAAGAAUUAACGAAAAAAGACUUAUCACUUUUGGAUUGUGAUCCUGCGGUAAAGAGUAAACUGAGGUCAGCAUAUGACUUUAACCUGCACAUAUUGCCCUCAUUUCCACAGGCCCACUUUACUUUACCUUUAUCAAAGGUCAUGGCUGACCUGAGAGCAAAAGCGAAUGACAAUGCAAAAACAAGGAAGCGUAGAAAGCGUUCAACGAAUACAAAUCUAGAGGGGAUAUCUUCGGAGUCAUUAGAGUCACAUAUUUUACGUAGGGAAGCUGAUGUAGGGGAUUCUCAGCGACCGCAUCUCAAAGAUGCCUUUGUGGAGCAAGGGCAAGAGAAACUGCUUAGUUGCAUGGGUAAGAAGACCAUAAUUGAUCCAACAGUAACAUGGGAAGAUUCAGAAAUGAAACCUGUCGCUGAUGCCAGACUUUUAAGUACUCCUGCAGGUGAUCUUAAAAUAUCAGAUGCUCAAGCUAAAGACUCUGGCCUUUAUACAUGCAUAGCUAAGGGCAAAAGUAGAGAGGGACAAGAUCUGACUGAAACUCAUCGGUACAUGGUAGUUGUUUAUCAUAUACCAAAGUUUAGCUACAAGAUAUCACUGAAAUAUAGUGCCAACGAGUGCCAGGACGCAAUCAAUACAGUAAAGAUGGUGGCAGUCAAAGAAGCAUUGUGCCCCAAUUCUACUUCAUGUAUUUUUCAAGAUUUUACAAAUGAGUGCCACUUCACCAAAAGUCCUGGGGAUCCACAAGCAUUGAAAUAUGAACUAUGGGUAUCAUUCUUUGCCCAUACUUCCACUGACUUCUCUCCACCCAAGUGUGAACCAGCCUGCAUUGAGACUAAGGUCAUAGAGAAUCUUGAGCUGGGCUACAAGAAAGUUCAAGAUUUCAUCAAUGCGGAGACAGCAACUGGUGAAAUAACCCCAGAACCAAAACAUACCACCAAAGAAGUGUCUUUUGAAUGCCCACCAGGAUUUGGAACACAGGGAAUACUUUGUGAAACCUGUGUGCCAGGAGAGUACAGUGGAGCAAAAGACAAGGGUUGUAUUAAAUGUAAUCCAGGAACCUACCAGCCCAGUCAUUCCAUGACCAAAUGUUUUGACUGUCCUCCCAAGACUAACACAACCAAAUCUGGCUCUAGAACUAAGGGAGAUUGCACAAAGGUUGCAUUCAUUAAGGGCAACAUGAAGAACAUGGUAACUAAAAUACUUGCGAGGGGAGGCAUGAAAGAUAUUGAAACCGCAGUGCCUAUCUCUAUUUGUGCUGUAGUUGCAAUCAUUUUGUUUGGCUGCGGAUUAUGUUGGUGUUGUGGAACAAAGUCCAAAGCCAAACCUAGCCCUAAGCCUUUGACAACCUCUAAAACCACUAAAACAAAAUCAUCUAGGCCAUCAAAAGCUUCACCCCCAGCUCCACCAUAUCAGGAUGAGGGUAACUAUUAUAGCACUAUAAACAGCAAUGGUAUGCAGCCCUACACGCAGCAGGCGUCACCCAAGAGACAAGAACCACCUCCCCUACCCCAGAGAUAUACAGGACAGUAUACAGGACAGUACUACGGUCAACAAGGAAUGAAUUUUAAUAAUAAUUACCAGCAACAGACAGAGCUCAUUUCAUGUGCUCAACCAGUACCUAUUUCAUCCAGACAGCAAGGGCAUAUUAAUUCAUCUGUACAACAAGGGCCUAUUUCAUCUGUACAUCAAGGACCUAUUUCAUCUGUACAUCACGGACCUAUUUCAUCUGUACAGCAA